GGCAUUUUACUCUUCUCUCUCCCUGUCUCUCCCUCUCUCUCUCUCACACACACACCCGAACAAUAACUCCCGAUCUUAGUCCGUCCUGACUAUAGAUAGCACCACCACCACCAUCAUCAUCAUGGCACCUCAUCUCGAAGAAAACACUAGCGGCACCGAGGCAGUCGCCAGCAAUGGCCACACCGUACCCGUAAACGACGGCGAGGCGCCUCAUGAGCCCGGCGUCAAGAAGAAUAUUGCACAGGGCAAAAUGGCCAACUAUCCGAGACCUCCACAGUUCGAAGACAAAUAUGAGGAGCGAGAGUACUUGAAGGGACGUCUCGCGGCUGCAUUCCGCAUCUUUGGCAAGUAUGGCUUCGAUGAGGGUGUUGCGGGUCAUAUUACUCUUCGUGACCCUGUGGAUCCCGAUUGCUUCUGGGUGAACCCCUUUGGCGUGGCAUUUUCUCUCAUCAACAAGUCGGAUCUCAUCUUGGUCAAUCACUCCGGCCAAGUCAUCGAUGGAGGCGAAUGCCGUCUCCUCAACACCGCCGCCUACAUGAUUCACUCUGCCAUUCAUGCUGCACGGCCUGAUGUCAACUGUGCUGCUCACAGCCACUCCAUUUAUGGCCGCACAUUCUGUUCUCUCGGACGCAAGCUGGAUACGUUGACUCAGGACGCUUGCGCUUUCCACAAUGACCAUGUGGUAUAUGACAGCUUCAACGGCGUUGUUCUGGCAGAGAAGGAAGGCAGGGACAUUGCAAAGUGCUUGGGCGACAAGAAGGCUGCAUUGCUGCAAAACCACGGUCUAUUGACUGUCGGAGCGACCAUUGAAGAGACCAUCUUUUGGUUUGUCUCGCUCGAGAGGUGCUGCCACUCCCAGCUCAUGGCCGAGGCUGCUGCUUUCCCACGCGGCGAAAAGCCGAUUCACGUCGGCGAAGAAGAGGCGCGAUACACCUAUCGCACCGUCGGCACUCCGCGAGCGGGCUGGUUUGGUGCAAAGCCCAUGUUUGAUGUGAUUCACAAAGAGACGAAUGGCGAGUAUUUGCAAUAGGUAUUGGUGCAGAUGGAAAUGGAGAUUUAUUUAUUCUUCCCAAAUACCCAUACCUAUGAAAAGGCG